AGAGAGAGAGAGAGAGAGAGAGAGAGAGAGAGAGAGAGAGAGAGAGAGAGAGAGAUGUGAAUGAAGUGGUCACACGUUAGUGACAACACAAUAUUCAAACAACUAUUCUGGACACAUUCACAAAUCAUAAUGCAGUGGUGAUUUCCCCGAGACUCAUAAUCAUUCAGUGUGUUCAGGGGCUGUUUAAAAUGUCACAACUCUCCCUCUGGUGUGAGUUUUUUUAAACAGCAAUUUUUAAUGGACUUGUUUAUGGCGACACAUCAAGCUUCACGCGGUCCGACACAGUCAGCAGUAUCUUUCUCAUUAAACGCAUUAAUGACCUCCAAUCAUGAAGUUACAACUCAUUAUGAGGAGACUACAGUGGACAUUGAUGCAAUCAUGGACAAUGUUACUGUUGUCCUUUACACCAUCACCAUUGUACUCGGUGUCACUGGGAACUCCGUGGUCAUCUGGGUGGCCGGAUUUCGUCUGAAGCACAACGUCACCAACGUAUGGUUGGUAAACCUUGCUGUGGCCGACCUGAUCUUCUGCUUUACGCGCGUCACAUCGCUUCUCAAGAAACUCUUCUUUGACCACUGGCCCUUUGGAGUCUUUCUCUGCAAGUUUAAUGGCUUCUUCAAGUACGCCAACAUGUUCUGCAGUGUUUUUCUACUGGCCGUCAUCAGUGUGGAUCGAGUGCUUUGCGUGUGGCGCCCAGUGUUCACCAGGGAAAGACGGACACUAUGUGCUGCUCGUGUGGUCAGUUUAGGGGUCUGGAUUGUGGCGAUGAUCUUCAGUUCGCCAUACUUUGUUUAUCGCCAGGUCUACCUUGGCGAUAACAACUUGAGCAAGUGCUCACUGGAGGUGAAAGAAUCAUCAAAGAGUGACAAUACAGCAAAAAACGCAUUGUACAGCAUUCGUUUCUUGUGUGGCUUUCUCUUACCUUUCCUGGUUAUUCUCUGCUGCUACAUACUAGCAGGCGUUGGAAUACGAAGAACAAGGCUUUCCGGUAAAUCGCGGCCUCUCCGUAUUCUCGCCGGAUUGGUCUGUGCGUUCUUCGUAUGUUGGGCUCCCUACCAUUGCCUGCUGCUCGCCAAAAUGGUGAACAAAAAGAGCCACGCAGUCAAAAUUGGCCUGCCCAUAGCCAAAGGCCUGGCGUAUUUCAACAGCUGUGUAAAUCCAUUGCUGUACUUCUGCAUGGGACUGGAUGUUAGGCGACGCUUCAGCCAAAGUCUGUCCGGGAUUUAUCGCAGGGCGCUGAUGGAAGAUGGCCAGACAGUGCAGUCUCAAGAGGGCACCAUUGAAGAAAACUCGAACUCCAUUCCAAAGACUAAAAGCAUAGUUCGAGACAUAGCCGAGGGUGGGACAAAUGUCUAAAACAUCUUUUCACCUUUGAAGGAACUACUGUUGUCAUAACAGUUAUACUUUAUUAUCAUUUCAAAAAUGUUUCAAAGACUCUUUGUUGACUGCGCUUUAAACUUUUUGUGGUUGUUGUUAAAUGCAGAGUUUGAUAUAAGUGUCAAUAACACUUGAAUGAUUUAUUUUCAUGCUUCCUUUAUGAGCUUUUUCACUCAUGCAGUUCUCAUUUCUUUUAUAUCAUUCACACCAUCAAUUUCGAAAUAGAAUAUCCAAGCAAGAUGUGAUGUGAUACUUUUUUUGCAGAUAUGUCUUAUUAUUAAUGUCAGGAAUUGACUUUUACUAAUAUAUUAGUCAUCAUAUUUGAUCUGGCAGAUGCUUAUUGAAUAUUAAUGUUUUUUUGAUUUGCUCUAUUUUGAAUGUUGUCAAUUUCUUUACUGUUAUUUAUUUAAUAAUGCUACCGUAUGCUCAGAUCAAUGUAUAAUCACUUUUUUAUGUUUGCUAGACAUUAGAUCUCAUUUAUUACUUUCAUUUCUGUAUUUUACAAUAUUUCUUCAAAAUAUUAUCAUUGAUUAACAUACAUUUUAUGUCCUUUAUUUUGUGCUGAUUCUGUAAGAUUGGUGUCAAAUCCUGACAAAAGGCAGCUGUAAAACUGACACCAAAUGACUGAAUACAGAGAGAACCAUUUUCUAAAAACAAUUCAUUCCUGUUGAAUCAACAUUUAAAAAUAUUUCUCAAAGAGUUCUCGUCUCCCCCUCUCCUCAUUGUCUCAGCCCAAAGCACCUUUAAUCUUUGAAUCUGGUCUUGUUUGAUAUAAUUCAAAAAGGUUUCAGUGCAAGUGGUACAAUGGUCUCAGUCAUAUGACAACUUUAUUCAAUGUAACAAUAAAGUAAGCAAACUUCACUUAAUGUUGGAAGACAACUCCCACCCUAGACUUGUAAACCAAUCACCCACUGUAUGCAGAUUAGUUACAGCCCCUAAGUUCACAAUCAGUAUCAAAUUUCUAUUAUUAUUAGGAAUUAUUAGAAUGCUUUGUUCUCUCUGGAUAUUUAAGGAAAGUUUGUAAGGGGUUCAGGGGGAUUUUCUAUAUUUAGAAGUGAACCAUGAUGUUGUGUCUUUGAAUACAACAUCAUGUUGUUUUUACUUUAUUUACUAUUCUGUAGCCAGAUCUUCAUUUUUUUGCCAGGUAUGCAAUGUUUUUGUUUGAUUACAGCUGUUUAUUGAUUUAUGCUUCGUAUUUGAGUUGGAUUGUUAAUUGAAUUCUGAAUUAUGAUCUCCUUACCUGGCUAAUAAAUUGUGAUGUUUGACUUCA